AUGGCAGGGUGGAUGCUUGACGAGGCUGCGCGCGUGAGCGAGUUCCAGUCGCACGAUCGCUGCCCACUGUGGUGGGUCUCGGCGCUCAGCGGCGCAUAUGCCAAAACGCCCGAGCCGCCGCCAGCGACCUUGGGCCACGCGCCGAUGGCGUGA